CCGGUCCCGCCCUCGCGCCCCGCGCCCGCCCUCACGCCCCGGUCCCGCCCUCGCGCCCCGCGCCAGUCUUCACGCUUUGGUCCCGCCCCGAGGCCCGGCCCGGCGCCCCCGCCCCGGAUUUGAAAUCUAGGUCUUCCUGAGAGUUCGCGGGCUUCCGCUCCCAGCGCGGGAUUCUGGAGGUAAAUUGAGGGAGACUUGGAAACCGCGCCAGGCCCAACGGGUACCUAGAAGGGAGACAAAGCCAGGCCUCCUGUCCAGUUUGAGCUCUGGGAAGGAGAGGAGCAGGCUGGGACGCCCCCGAGGUAUCCCAGAGGUGACAGAAAGUGAUCUGGGCCCGGAAGGGGAAGAAUUCGGGAAAGGCAACGUGGGGCAUUCCAGUCGUAAUUGAUAGAAAUAUUACGUGGGAUAGGAUUUAUUCUCUCCACACUUCUGAACCAAUGAAUAGAAAAUGGGAAGCAAAACUGAAGCAAAUUGAAGAACGAGCAUCUCAUUAUGAGAGGAAACCAUUGUCCUCAGUGUAUAGACCAAGAUUGUCCAAGCCAGAAGAACCACCCUCCAUUUGGAGACUAUUUCAUCGACAAGCUCAAGCUUUUAAUUUUGUUAAAAGCUGUAAAGAAGAUGUUCAUGUAUUUGCUUUGGAAUGCAAAGUGGGAGAUGGACAACGUAUUUACCUUGUGACAACCUAUGCUGAAUUUUGGUUUUACUAUAAAUCCAGAAAAAAUCUCUUACACUGCUAUGAAGUUAUUCCUGAAAAUGCUGUGUGCAAGCUUUAUUUUGAUUUGGAAUUUAACAAACCUGCCAACCCAGGAGCUGAUGGGAAAAAGAUGGUUGCAUUACUCAUUGAGUAUGUGUGUAAAGCACUUCAAGAGUUAUACGGUGUUAAUUGCUCAGCUGAAGAUGUUUUGAACUUGGAUUCUAGCACUGAUGAAAAAUUCAGCCGGCAUUUAAUAUUUCAGCUCCAUGAUGUGGCAUUUAAAGAUAAUAUUCAUGUUGGUAAUUUUUUGAGAAAAAUUUUGCAGCCUGCUCUUGACUUGCUUGGCAGUGAAGAUGAUAGCGCUCCAGAAACAACAGGCCACGGAUUUCCCCAUUUUUCGGAAGCACCUGCAAGACAAGGAUUUUCUUUCGACAAAAUGUUCACAGAAGAGGCUACAGAGGAAAGCUGGACAUUGAAUUCAAAGAAACUGCAGAGGCUGGGGUCAGCUGAGCAAAGCAGUCCUGACCUUUCAUUUCUACUUGUGAAGAAUAACAUGGGAGAGAAGCAUCUUUUUGUAGAUCUCGGAGUUUAUACAAGAAAUAGAAACUUUCGGCUUUAUAAAUCAUCAAAAAUAGGAAAGCGUGUGGCUUUGGAGGUUACUGAAGAUAACAGAUUUUUUCCUAUACAGUCAAAAGAUGUUUCUGAUGCAUAUCAGUAUUUUCUCUCUUCUUUGGUGAGCAAUGUCAGGUUCUCAGAUACUUUACGAAUUCUUACAUGUGACCCAUCUCAGAAUAAACAAAAAGGAGUUGGAUAUUUUAACAGUAUCGGCACUUCAGUAGAAACCAUUGAAGGUUUUCAGUGUUCUCCCUAUCCUGAAGUUGAUCAUUUUGUUCUUUCUUUGGUGAAUAAAGAUGGCAUUAAAGGAGGAAUUCGGCGUUGGAACUACUUUUUCCCAGAAGAAUUACUGGUUUAUGAUAUUUGUAAAUAUCGGUGGUGUGAAAACAUUGGAAGAGCCCAUAAGAGUAAUAAUAUAAUGAUUCUGGUUGAUCUGAAAAAUGAAGUUUGGUAUCAAAAAUGUCAUGACCCUGUAUGUAAAGCAGAAAACUUCAAAUCUGACUGUUUCCCAUUACCUGCUGAAGUAUGUCUCCUGUUUCUUUUCAAAGAGGAAGAAGAGUUUACAAGAGAUGAAGCAGAUGAAACUAGGAGCAAUGAAACCCAGAAUCCUCAUAAACCCUCACCUAGCAGGCUGUCAACAGGUGCAUCUGCUGAUGCUGUCUGGGAUAAUGGCAUUGAUGAUGCUUAUUUUUUAGAAGCUACUGAAGAUGCUGAAUUAGCUGAAGCUGCAGAGAACAGUCUUCUCAGUUAUAACAGUGAAGUGGAUGAAAUUCCUGAUGAACUAAUUAUAGAAGUAUUACAAGAAUAAUUCACUAUGGGCACUUUUGUCACCAGGCUAUAAUUUGCCUGAUGUCUGUGAGAUUUGAUAAAUGUAUCAUUCAACCUGUUUAUAUAAACUAAGUUUUAUCACUUUGCUUUCCAGUUUUUGUUUUUUCUGUAAACCAAUUUCAUUAAAAAUUAGCUUUGGUGUA